GUAUGGGUUAAAUAGUUGUUUCCGUCAAAUUAAAGAAAAAAAUAUAACUUGUGUUCUUUGUUAGGGUUAGGGUUCAUAGAGCGUCAGAUCGGGAUUCUGUUUUCUUCGUUUGUCUGAUUUGAAGUGUGUUUUAAGGAGGGAUGGCUCACAAUUUCCCAAAGGGAUUGCCAGUGUUUCAUAUGAGAAUCUACAAGCUUGUGGAAGAUCCUGAAUCGGAUCCAAUAAUCUCAUGGGGCAAAGACAACAACAGUUUCGUCAUCUGGAAUCUGGAAGAGUUCGAUCGCAGAAACAUUGUUGACAAGUUCGAUUGCAACAGAUUCUCACAGUUUCGCGCUGAUCUUAGGCAUUAUGGCUUUAGAAGAAUCAAGAAGGGAUCUGGGGAAUUGGAAUAUGGAAAUGAAGAUUUUGUGAGAGGCCAUCCUGAGCGUAUGAAGACGAUGAUGAUCAAAGCUUUUAGGAAGCACAGGGCCAAGUUUGAAGCUAAAGAAGCUGCAAAGGAAAUGCAACGUUUACAGAUUUGAUCAGAUUCAGAAUCAUAUCUCAUCCUGCUGCCUGCUUGCAUGCAUUUAUAUGAAUAACCAUUUCCAUGAGUUUGUUUGAUGAUUAAGUUACUUUCUUUUGUAUAAUACUUUUAGUAGUGGCUGGCUUUGAUGCAAUAUAUUUGAAGUUACAAUGGCA